UACUAUACCCAAGAAAAAUACUACUCCGCCAAAGAAACCCGCUGGGGCAACCGGGUGUUCUUCGGCGGACGCGCCCAUCUACCCUACUACGCUUCAUCAUGUAUAUGGCCGUUUCCGAUCCGGCCAGCUCUGCUCGCCAUGGAAGACAAACUAUUCACCUCGUUGAAGUUGAGGGAAGAAGAAGAGAUAGUCUUGGAUGCAGGAUGCGGCGACGCGAGUGUAGCGAUCUACCUCGCCGGGAAGAUGAAGGGGGGAAGACUACAUGCCAUGGAUGUCUUAGAGGGACAAGUUUCUGCUGCGAGAAAACGUGUUACUGAAGAAAUGUUGAAGAAGAACGAUGAAGAAAGAACGGAGGUGAUUGUCCGACAGGGCGAUUAUCAUCAGCUUCCAUUCGAGGAUUCCUCCCUGACAGCGAUAUAUACGAUCGAAACCCUCGUGCAUGCGACCGACCUGAAACGCGUCCUGGGCGAAUUCUACCGGGUUCUUCGGCCUGGGGGACGGGUUGCCCUCUACGAAUACGAUCAUUGGAGUGGAUCACGGGAGGCCGAGGGGAUGGACAAAGUGAGGCUUUACGGGGCGAUCAGUGGGAACGAAGCGAUCAGUGGAAACGACAGGAAGAAUGGUGAUGGCCAAGGACUGGGUGGGAUGCUUGGGAAGGUAGGGUUUGUCGAGAUCCAGGAAGAAGACAUCACGGCGAAUGUGAAGCCGCUGCUUCGCUUCUUCUGCUAUUGUCUCUAUCUCCCUUAUUUACUUGUUGUUGGGCUUGGGCUGGAGCACUUUUUCAUCAAUACGGUUGCUGUCGUGGUGAAUUAUCGGAAUCCAUGGCGCUAUGUUGCUGUUACUGCUGUGAAGGGAUAGUAGUUAUAAGUACAUAGAGUACUGGUUAUGGUUAUCAACCAGUCAAGUGUAGUAUAUA